CAAAAAGAAGAAGAACCAGAAGAGGAAGCCUCUGGCUGCUGCUGCGAAGAAUUCGUUAGCUUUGCAUUACAUAAUUUAAAUGUAUUGCGAAUCUUUCUGAGGGGUUCACACUACAUAGACAACCCAAACCUGCCAUCAUGACGAACGUUUACUCUUUCGAUGGCAUUCUGGUUUUUGGUCUCGUCUUCAUCUGCACCUGUGCGUACCUCAAAAAGGUGCCACGCAUCAACAGCUGGUUGCUCUCUGAGAAGAAAGGGGUGUGGGGGGUAUUUUACAAAGCUGCAGUGAUUGGGACACGGCUUCACAUUUGUGUGGCAGCAUCCUGCCUAUUAAUGGCUUUCUACUUGGCUUUUGUAAAAUGAGAACUUCACUGGUACGGACCGGACGGGUGUCUAAUGGACUUGUGUCAUUGGUUGUCGGUUAAUCCUUGUAUAGUGUAUACUUAUGGGAUUAUCUGGCCCAUAAAGCCCUAAUACCCUUUUGGAUACAUUCUAAGGACUAGUAAAUGGAAGCCUCCUCCUACAAAGCCAAGUGUGAGGCCUGGACUUCCGGACCUCCUCUCCUUCACAUCCUCCUUUUAUGUGGUUGCCCAUUGAACAUGCAGUUCAUACGAUAGUUAUGGCCAAUUGGAAAGUAUCUUUCAUCCAUGCAGUUGCAACCAAUUGGAGAGCACUUUUCAUGUCACAGGGUGUCAACACUGAGUCAUUCCUGAAUCCUGAAUAAUGCCUUGUUUUUGCCCCCCAAAGAAAACAUGUUAAAUGGAGGAUCUUAGGUUUUGUACUGAAUGAAAAGGUGCUAAACGGUGUAUCUUUGUGAUGUCCAGUUCCUUAGUAGAAUAUGAAUCAUUAAGCUGUAAAUAUUUAAAUGCAUUUGACCGACAGUUACAGGAGCAUACAAAGUCUAAUGCUACAUCCGCAUUGAUCCAAGGGGGUGUAAUUGAAAGACAAAGCUAAUAUAUAUAAAGUUGUGUACACAUUUCUUUCUCCAUUGGAAUCCCUUAGGACCCUUCUACCACUAUGGUUUCACUACUCGGGAGUGAUGUGCAUGUGGUUUGCAUCUCCAACAUGAAGUUACAUCAUAUUAAUCAAAAGGAUAUGAUAUUAUUAGGAAGGUAUGAAUGAUUAGAUGUAAAUGGGUGGUGGUCUACCUGACGAUUAAUCUAUAUGUCGAAUGGGGAUCAUGCUGAUUAUCCUGUCAAUUAUUCCUUGGUCAUAAUGAAGUUAAAGAAAUAAACACAUUUCUUAUAUUA